AUGAGUGAGGUUGGGCCGCCCGACCGCUCCCGCCUUUUGCGAUCCAAAAAGAAUGAACUCAGUGGGAUUGUUACGUCGCGCAAGAGAAAGCUCCGCGAGUUCUUCGCGGUUUGCGACAAUGAAGGCCCCAUCCCCCAAAUCAAAUACCAGCACCCCGACGCGCCAGCCAGCAGCAUCGCAGAGAAUCGAUUCCUUGAAGUCACCGACAUCUUAAAGGAUCGCCUUUUCGAUGAAUCUAAUCUACCAACGCGUCGACAGCUUCGGUCAGAAUCUUCGAAGCAAAAGUCUCCCACAAGAAAGCCAAGUCCGGACACGAACAAUGCUGAUGCCUUACGGAAGAAGAAAUCUCAGCGCGACGGAUCGACUUCAAGGAGGGUCAGGGCUCCUACGCCUAAAUUGAAAGAAGAUGAUGUCGCGACGAUUCCGCUCGAAAACGGGACCAGAAAGAAGACGGUGCCUAUGGUUGUCCUGGAACGCUUCGAUCGAAGAGGCUCACAAACAAACCCUCUCCCAGAAGAUGGGUCUAUUUCCAAUAACGAUUCGAACGAUGUAUCCGAACAAAUCGCGAAACCAAAGGCAGUACCCUCGAGCACUAACUCGGUCGAACCAGUUGAAGGGUCUGAUGUCCUAGAGAUACCGGAGUCCAAGAAGUCAGAGAGUCCAGCAGAGUCAGUCGAGCUACACCCCGCUGUUGAGGUGACGGUGGUGGAUACACCUGGCGCAGAACCUCCAGUCGAGCCAGUGGAAUUACUCAAAGGUGGUAAGGUACAGGAGCUGGAGCAAGAGAUAUCAGGCAAAGAGCGUUCACCUGACUUGGUACCAUCGCCUAAACAUGUUGAAAGUCAGGCCUCCGGGAGCCUGGGGACGGACGAGUCGACAAAACCAGUAGAGCUGCCCGCUGUCACCGAGGCUUUGAAGACAGACCGUGGAGAGCAAAUUCUGGAGGAUGCCAUGGAUAUCGAUACGGUAACAACCAAAACUUCCGCGGAAUCCAGAGCUGUGGAUAGCCAGACGAAGACACCCUCAGUAGCACCUGAUGCUGGAAACGAUUCAGCUCCGCUAGUUGAAUUGCCCAAAGAUGCGGAUGUAUCGAACCUGGACCCUGAAGGCCAGACUCCAAAUGCUGCGAUGGAAGUCGAUUCAACCACAAUCAAAGAUUCGUUCGAUUCUGAGGCAGGAGAUAAUGGGGAAAAGACUCCAUCCGUCGUAAAUGAGAUUGCGGAAUCAGGUUCCGAAUCCCCUGUUGAUGCAAAGAGGUCAUCGACGACGCCGACUUCAGCGACUGCCCGUACAACCCCGACCACCCCUGCUGCUGCCCCUCCGGUCCUAGAGCGUAUGACUACCAGGAUUUCAUCUAACACCAUCAGGCACAAAAGCGUCGCAGAAAUUAUUGGUGAGGUUCCAAGACCUACUGCGACGGACAAAAGCCUCGGAAAAAUCAAUACCACUUCUGGAUCAUCGGGUACCUCAACAUCUCCUUCACGAAGUUCUACACCUCAAUCUCCCGGCACACGUAUGCGCAGCUUAGUCGAGAAGGCCAAGGAGAGGGAACGAAGCAAACUUUCUACGGUCACGUUUCAAAAACGUACCAAUAAGUCGUCUUCUAAUGACAUAGCUUUGAUGCCAACCGGAUCGCAAGGUGCAAAACCACAAGAAGACUAUCUCAAGCCUCUGUUCAUUGCUUCCGCGACUAAUGACAAGCGAGGAAUUCCUGCCUUGGAUAGCUUGCUAGCUACAGCGCACAAGACAAUCACCACUGCAAAUGCUUAUGUUCCAAUUCAUGAAAGCCAAACGAACAAAAUCCUCAAAAGAAUUUACCAGCUACAGAAUAUGAAUAAGUGGUCAUUAAGGCAACCAAAACGUGCCCCCGAGCCAAACCGACCUACAACUCAUUGGGAUGUUCUGUUGCAAGAAGCCAAAUGGAUGCGGACGGAUUUUCGGGAGGAGUAUAAGUGGAAAUCCACCGUCGCAAGAAACUUGGCGUUUGCGUGUGCUGAGUGGGUUGAAGCCAGCCCAGAAGACCGGAAGCUCCUUCAAAUUAAGACAGUCCCGCCAAAGUUUUUGAAUCUGGAAAAGGACAUUGAGAUGACGGAAACUUCCAGCCAGGAAAUUCCACAUUCCACUCCUGAUCUUGUAGCAUCUGGUAGUGUGGACUCACCUAUUGAUGAUUUCGACGAAGAGCCGCGGCUCAAUCUUUUGGAAACUGUUGCUCCCACUGCUAUCUUUGCUCUGCAAGAUGACGAUGUUGUCUUUGGGUUACGAAGAUCACCUACAGCCGACAAACUUUUGGAAGAGUUGCCAAUGUAUGGUGCCCCAUUGCGGGUUCCACGGUCCGACAUUUUAACAUCUGAAGUCGAUCCGGACCGACUGUGGCGGCGACCAGCCCUCCCCCUUAGCAAGUACGUUGAGGGCAGGAUGGAGUUGAAGUUUGAGGGACCACCCCGGAAAAAGAGUCGUUACGAGUACGAGGACGAAGAUGAUGAUGAAGACGAGGUGGUGUUUGGCGAACAAGGCCAAAAGAGGCCCAUUCUGCCACCUGAGACCACCCAUGUUGCAUUAUUCGAUCCGCAACACAAGCAUAUUCGCGACCGUAUCCAUUCAUCACAUCAAUUCCGUCCACCUUCUGAAUUCGCUAUGCCACUUCAGAGCUUUUUCGAGACUCGAACUCCCUCACAGUGGACGUGGGAUGAAGACAAUGAGCUCAAGUCUCUUGUGCGAGAGUGCACAUAUAACUGGUCACUAAUAUCGAGUAUGCUCACAAGCAAGUCGCUGUUUGCCGCUGGUAAUGAACGCCGUACUCCCUGGGAGUGCUUUGAAAGAUGGGUACAGAUGGAAGGUCUCCCAAAUGAUAUGCAGAAGACGCAUUAUUUCCGGGCGUACAUGUCUCGAAUUGAAGCUGCAAAUCGAAACGUAGUUGCCCAAGCCGCUGCUGCACAGGCGCAGUCUAUGGCCAAUGGACAAGCGCAACCUCCACCAAGAAGGCGUGCGACAACAAGCAUCAGAGUCGACCAACGCCGCAAACAGAAGCAUUUGACGUUAGUAGACGCGAUGCGAAAACUAGCCAAGAAGCGGGAAACCAAUGUUCAGAAACAACACCAAGCUGCUAGCAUGGCCGCGAUGCGGAAAGCCAACGAGAAUCAACAACCGGCACAGCCGAGGAACCUUCAUACGCCGCAGGAGUUUAGUCGCCUGAAGCAUGAUCGAGAUGAACAGUUCAAAGAGCGCUUACUACAACUCCAACAGCGGCAGGAAGCUCAACGAAGGGCUGUCAUGCUUCAGCAAAGAAAUGCACAGGGGCAAGGCCCAACACCGGGUGGGCCACCUAUUGCGGGAUCCCAACCUCGACCGCCUCCACCAAAUGGCCUUCCGCCUCCAAACGGAGUACCAAAUGGACAGAACCUCCAGGUCCCAGGGCAGAAUAGAAACCCUCGGCCAAUGCCACCCCAAAUGACUCAACAAAUGUCGCAGCAGAUGGCGCAGAAAAUGCAGAAUAAUCUUCGUGUGCCUCAAAAUAUGAAUAGUGUACCACCCGCACCAAUGCAGUCCAUGCAAGGUCAAUUACCCAUGCCAAAUCCAGCUGUUAGCGUUGGCCUCAUCAACCAAGCUGCUCAAACAGCUGAACAACAGCGAGCAAUGAUCCAGAUGCAGCAACAGGGUAAACCUAACGGGCAGUCACCGCAGACUCACAACUCGCCACCACGGGCGAACAAUGGAAUGCAACAACCAAAUGGAUUUCAGAUGCAGAAUAUGAUGGCCUUUAACGCAAAUGAUCAUCGUGUGCAAGCCGGAACUCCUCCGAUCAAUGGUAUGGUCUCCUCUCCCGGACAGAAUCAACUUGGUCCCACAGCUUCUCCUCGAAUGGGACAACAUCCACCAGGAUUCAACAUAGAUACCAGUCGCAUUGAAUCUCGUGUUAAGCAGCAAUAUCCAACUGCCACUCCCGACCAAGUAACCACCAUGGUCAAUCAGCAACUUCAAGCAAUGCAAAGGCAACCGAACCAAGCGAACAAUAAACUGGCCCAAAGCGCAAUGAAUGCUGCCGCCGGGGCGUCUUCGGCUAUGAACGGUCAAGCAAGAGGUGUACCUACAGGUUUGAAUGAAAAGAGUCCACAGCUUUAUGCUCAGAUGUUGAGACAACAACAAGAAAAUCAACAAAAGGCAAUGGCUGCAGCAGGAUUGGCUGCCGUGCAAGGUCAAAAUGUGCCGCCUCCGAACAACGGUCAACAAGCUCAGGGACAUGCGCAUAGGAAUAGCGCAGGCAGUGCUAAUAGUGUUAAAUAA